UCUAAAUCCUCGGGAUCAUCUCUCCCUGGUACUGAGUGGCGACAAAGCCGCGCUUCUGCAAAGCGAGGCCGUGAUCUUUUGGUCUGCUGGUGUGGGGUCGGGGGGGGGGGGGCCACGACAAGAGUUCUUCUCGGUGGCGUCUUGUGCCGGGUAUCGAUGAGGCGAAAUUUGUUGCCGAACAGGGUCCUGCAGGAUCAAAGGGGGCCCGGCAAGGUGGUCCAGCAAAGGACUCCAGGUAAGGCUCCAGAGAAGAGGCAGCUGAUGUUGACAGGGAAGCCGGGCUGGCGCGGCGGAGCAGCUAAAACCAGGAGUGCCGCACGUAGCCGGCGUGCACAGAAGACAAAAGAUCUAACGGUUGGGAAACCAAACCGGGUCCGCAAGCAGGUGAUCGAUCUGACGGGGGCGACUCAGGCUAGUACGGAGUACGGCCCUUGA